AUGCCAUUCAGGAAACACGAACGCAUAGCGGACAAGUCGUUCGAAGACAAUACGGCCUCACCAUAUGCCGGCGGCAAUAGCAACGAGAGGGUCUCUAAUGAGAGGGUCUCGAAUGAAAGCGACAUCGAGGCUGGCGUUCAAGUCAAGCCCUCUGAAUCUCAUCAGAAGCAGCCAACGGAGAGCAUCAGUGGACAUCAGAUUUUUUAUAUCUUUGGACUCGACGGUAUUGGUGCUGGAGUUCUCUCUGGGGGCAUAAAUUUUGCCAUCGCUUACGGCAUGUACUCAACUCAGAACAUUGCGCGCAAUCCUAUUCGCCUAUUCCAGUUGCCCAACACACUAGCUGGCGAUGCAGUGGUCACCAUGAUCAUCCAAACGGCAAUGACAUGGUUCAUCGAGCUUUUUCUGGCCAACCGCGACAUGAAGAAUGGGGGCGUCCGCCCAAUAGGCUUCAUCGAAGAACCUUCGCAACCAUUCUUGCGAUGGUUCAUGAUGCUUAAUCUAGAAGACGCGAUGCACACUAAAAGUAGGCUUUCGGUGUUUGCUGAACACGUUAUGCGAAUCGGCUUGAUUUUCGUUGUUUCAUUUUUUCUGCUCUGGCCAGCCUCAGUCGGAAUUUUAACCGUUAUCGGAGCCCGGGGAUCAGGGAAUGAUUGGGACUGGUAUUUCCAACGCACGUGGGCGCCCGAAGCCUUCAAAGGGAUCCUUGGAGGAGUUCUCGGUCUUCUCACAACGCCGGUCAUGGCUUCGUACUGGCUCAUCAAGGAGGGUUGGCGCUUGAAGAGGGGAGGAGCUUUGUUGAGUUGA